ACGACCACCCUCGCCAAUGAUGCGAACGAACACGACCAGUGCGAACAUUUUGGACUUUUCGGCGGAAGGAGAGAGUCCACUCGGUCCACUUUAGUGGGCUUUUGGGCACAAUAUUCCAGUCGUGUCUGCUGCGGAGCGUCUCGUCGCUCAGUUGCGCGUAAAACUCGGGUGGGCUACACAGUCAUGUUUUGAGAGCUGCGUGGCGUGGGACUUUUUUGGGCGAACUAUGCGAGGGCAUCGCAACGGACACGUGACGCAUCUCAGGUUGCUGCUGCUGUGCGCCUGCGUGGCCGUCCUCAUCGCGGGAGCGCGCGCGGGUGGGAAGAAGCACAGCGGUCCCUGCAGAGGAAGAGACUGCAGCGGAGGAUGCAAAUGUUUUCCCGAGAAGGGUGCCAGGGGUCAACAUGGGCCUGUCGGUCCCCAAGGGAUCGCGGGGCCCCCGGGGAGACCGGGAGAUCCGGGCAUCCAAGGGCCAAAGGGGCACAAAGGUGACACUGGACGUAGUGGCAUCACUGGGCCAAAGGGAAAUACGGGAAUGACGGGUGUCCCCGGCUUCUCUGGAAACGAUGGAAUUCCGGGCCACCCGGGACAAGCGGGACCCAGAGGGAAGCCCGGGGCAGACGGCUGUAACGGGACAGCGGGGGAAUCCGGUCAAACGGGAGCACCUGGUUUUCCUGGACAAACGGGCAGGAAGGGGGAGAAGGGCGACACCUUGGAUGUGACCGUCUACAUGCAGAGAUUCAGGGGAGACCCAGGCACACCGGGAACCAAUGGACUAUUUGGCUCUCCUGGUAACCGAGGAUGGCAGGGAAACGCAGGUAUCCUCGGACCAAAGGGUCCACCGGGGCCCCCGGGUCCUCGCGGACCAAAGGCCGUGACGAAUGUACUCAAGGGGAUGAAAGGCGACCAGGGGGAGAUCGGACCCCCGGGACCCCCAGGAAACUCGACUCAUCCCCACAGUCAGCCCCCUUUCGGACCGUUGGGCCCUCCUGGACCGAAGGGCUUUAAAGGAGAAACAGGAGAUCCGGCUGACGACAAAGGAGAGACUGGAAUUACGGGGUUCCCCGGAUCACGAGGUCUACCUGGAGCACCUGGGAGGCCUGGACUACGGGGGGACGCGGGCGAACAAGGACUCAUAGGAAGAGAGGGUCCAAAGGGUGUGAGAGGAGAAGUGGGGGAACUGAUUUCAUUAGGAUCGUGGCGCUGGUCUUCAUCAGCUGGUCCCAGUGGUUCAGCCGGUGAGGAGGGUCCCCAAGGUGCGAGGGGCUCAGUAGGAGAUCAAGGCAUUCCUGGACCACCAGGACGGCCCGCUUCUUACACACAGCAACAAGUGUUUGAUUACGCCGGGCCAUUUGGAAGAAAGGGGGAACCAGGAGAGAAGGGUCAACAGGGGGAACAAGGAAGUCCUGCUGUCAGUGCAGGAGCACCGGGCAAACCCGGCCGCCCAGGUUCGAGAGGUCCUCCGGGCCCCAAAGGAUCGUGGGAAGAUUUCUUCAAGGGGUCUCCUGGAGUUAGAGGAAGGCCUGGAAAUGCAGGUUUCAAGGGAGUCAAAGGUGAUCACGGGCAAUGUGAAUGCGCCGUUAACAACUCUCCACCAGGGCCACCGGGGCCAGUUGGUGACACCGGAGACCCUGGGAUGACGGGAGAGUUUGGACGCGAGGGUGACGCUGGAGACCCGGGACCCUCAGGAGUGGAUGGAUUGCCGGGAACUCCGGGGCUCUUUGGUGAGCCAGGUCCAAGAGGCAGAAAAGGAGACACAGCUGUGGCCACACAGAAAGGCUAUCAUGGCGACACUGGCACUCCGGGGCAAGACGGUGAACUGGGAAAGCCAGGAUUUCCGGGCCGAGUUGGUCUGCCUGGGUUUCCUGGCAGUCGUGGUCUUCCAGGCGACGAUUCCUUAGAAGAAAGAGGAGAAAAAGGUUCUCCUGGUGUACCGGGUCGAGCUGGCGCACCUGGACUUCGAGGGGAGCCAGGUCCAGAGCUUGAGGGUAUCAAAGGCCAGCCUGGUUUACCCGGUGAUGCUGGUCUUGAUGGUUAUCCCGGAGUCGCAGGAACACCCGGUAGCCCAGGCGGCUGUAGUCCAACAGGAGAUGGAGAGCAAUGGGAUGUAACAGGUCCUUGUGGCACUUUCCCAGGACCCCCUGGACUGCCUGGUUCUUCCGGACCCAGAGGAUUACCUGGGCUCGCAGGUCUUCCGGGUGAAAAGGGUCUACCAGGUCUGUUUGGACUACAAGGGGAUACAGGAGAAAGCGGAGACUACGGCCCUGGUGGCCAACGUGGACCACCCGGUUUUCCCGGGCCCCGCGGUGAUUUGGGCGUGCCUGGCAGAAAAGGGUCUGUUGGAUCUCCAGGUGUGUCUGGCCGGCUCGGACGGAAUGGAGCACCUGGGGAUGAAGGUGUCCACGGGGAAAUAUUGGGCGCACAGCAAGGACCCCCUGGUGAUCCAGGACUGUAUGGGCUUCAAGGGGGCAAGGGUUUCGCUGGAGAUCAGGGAGAACCAGGCUAUCCAGGAACGGGGGGCAUGCCUGGUAUGAUUGGUUCCAAAGGCAACACUGGCCCUCCAGGCCUGCAAGGGACGGAAGGAAGCCCUGGACCGGCAGGCAAUUAUGGGUACCCUGGUGAUCCUGGCAAAGCUGGUCCACCAGGGCCACCGGGUUCUGUCGGACAACCAGGCUUAACUGGUGAAAGGGGAACAGAAGGUAACCCGGGAGCUCCAGGUCCAUUUGGAAUAAAAGGUUUACCAGGGGAACCAGGGAACUAUGGGUUCCUUGGGGAGAGCGGCUCGCCAGGUAAUGCGGGACAGCCUGGGCUAGAUGGAAAACCAGGACUUCUGGGAAUGAAAGGAUACAAAGGGUCUUCUGGCCAGUCAGGCUUUGGCGGGGUCUCUGGUAAUACAGGCGUUAAAGGAGUCAGUGGGAUAAAAGGAGACACUGGAUUACCAGGCCAAAUUGGCCCUCAAGGAAUGACAGGAAAACCUGGAGAAAAAGGUGAUCGCGGGUUAAGGGGCCCACCUGGCGAGAAGCCAGAGAUCCCUGUAAAGCUGAUCGACAAAAUGAAAGGAACAAAGGGAGAACCUGGAAACCUAGGAAAUCAAGGCUUCGUCGGACCAAGAGGCUCAAAGGGUCUCCCUGGUGUUCCGGGGCACGAGGGAGGUCAUGGCUUUCCUGGUGGGCCCAGUCAUGAAAAGGGUAUACAAGGAGAUGCGGGGGCACGGGGACUACCGGGGUUCAAAGGAAUGCCAGGCUAUACCGGGAAUAAAGGAAUUUCUGGCUUUGAUGGGAUGAGUGGUGGAAAGGGGGUCAAAGGAAGCCCUGGUGCCUAUGGCGCAUCAGGGGACAAGGGCAACAAGGGUAUCAAAGGUGAGAGUGGCCCUCGCAUAGACAUUCCAGGAGCAACUGGACUGAGAGGAGAGGUUGGUUCUUCAGGAGACCCAGGUGAAAGAGGAUUACCUGGACUGGCUGGAUAUAGGGGACUCCCUGGAUUUGAUGGUAUCGAAGGGAAAAGGGGACAGUCAGGUGAUGCAGGUGAUGUAGGAUAUCCAGGUUCUGAUGGACAGAAAGGAACUCCUGGCAACCAAGGUCAGAAGGGUUUUGCUGGGACACCUGGAAAAGAGGGGUACCCAGGUUUCCCAGGGUUUCCAGGAGCCAAAGGCUUUGCUGGUCUGAUUGGUCUUUAUGGAUUAGACGGUCUGAAAGGACAAAAGGGUGUCUCUGGAAUCACAGGUUUGGAUACUAGUGGACCAUCUGGCAACCCAGGACCCAAAGGAGAGAACGGUGACGAUGGCAACUCCAACAACCAGGCGGGAGUGCCGGGCUUUGCAGGUUCAAAAGGCUCGCAAGGAGAUGUUGGUGACCAAGGUCAACCUGGACCAUCAGGAAUCCGUGGCCCGGUAGGACCAGAUGGAAAACCAGACAUACAAGGACCCCCUGGGGAUAAGGGCUUUCAUGGACCUCAAGGAUUCCAUGGUUUACCUGGAGCCAGGGGGUUUCCUGGUAUUGACGCCCGCCUUGGAGAAAAGGGUAUACCCGGAACACUUGGGUAUCCUGGAGUUACUGGUAGGAAAGGGUUCAACGGAGACCAAGGUCCAAGUGGAUAUAGGGGACCAAAUGGGAUUUCUGGGAAGAAAGGUGAGAAAGGGGAGCAAGGCUCAAUGGGAAUUCCUGGUGUGAUUGGAAUCAAGGGAGAAAGAGGACCAUAUGGCCCGAAAGGAGAUGCUGGACCUCCAGGUUUCCGUGGGUUGCCGGGAAACCAGGGUCCAACGGCACUGCCCAGCAUAGUCGUAGGAGAGAGGGGCCCUCCGGGACCACAGGGUAUUCAGGGACCGAGAGGCAUCCAAAGAGAAUCAGGACCACAGGGACCUCCUGGGGAUGCUGGAUUUAUUGGGCCCAUUGGGCAGAAGGGCAUGCCCGGAAUCGGCGGAAGACCGGGAACGCCUGGAUUCCGUGGAGAGGAAGGUCAAGUGGGCCAUGCUGGUCUGCAAGGCAUGGAAGGUAACCCGGGUAAACCAGGUGUCCCCGGCUUACCUGGCAUGCCCGGCCGCAGUAUCAGUGUGGGUUACUUGUUGGUCAAGCACAGUCAGUCUGAGCUGACUCCCAUGUGUCCUGUGGGGAUGUCAAAAUUAUGGGAUGGAUACAGUCUUUUGUAUCUGGAAGGCCAAGAAAAGGCUCACAACCAGGAUCUUGGCUUGGCUGGCUCCUGCCUUCCACGCUUCAGCACCAUGCCCUUCCUGUACUGCAACCCUGGAGACAUCUGCUACUACGCCAGCAGGAAUGACAAGUCCUACUGGCUGUCCACCACUGCCGCCCUGCCCAUGAUGCCCGUGGAGGAGGGCGAGAUCAAACCCUACAUCAGUCGCUGCUCGGUGUGUGAAGCCCCGUCGGUCGCCAUCGCUGUGCACAGCCAGGACAUCACCAUCCCGCAGUGUCCCGCUGGAUGGCGCAGCCUGUGGAUUGGCUACUCCUUCCUCAUGCACACGGCAGCGGGAAACGAAGGCGGGGGUCAGUCGCUUUCGUCGCCCGGAUCCUGCUUGGAGGACUUCCGGACGGCGCCGUUCAUCGAGUGCAAUGGCGCCAAAGGCACGUGCCACUACUUCGCCAACAAGCACAGCUUCUGGCUCACCUCCAUAGAUCAGUCUUUCCACGCCGAGCCGGCAUCAGAGACGCUCAAAGCGGACCAGCUCCUGUCGCGCAUCAGCCGCUGCCAGGUCUGCAUGAAGAACUUGUAAAAGGAGACUCCUAUUGUAAUAAGUCCUUUGGCCAUCUAUCAGUAUAAACGACGACAACAGCCCUGCCUGAGCCACGAAGCUCAUAUGCACAUCGACUGUUUGGUGCCUUGAGAAACAAGUAUGUUUGUUCUAAAUGUGUAAUGGUGCUUACUGGUUUAACUUAUUACCUCAGGCAAUCACACAAAGACUGUUUGUUCAUUGCUACUAUUGCACUGCAUCCAGCCGUAUCUUAAAAGCCACUAACUCUUGCUUCUCCACCAGGCCUUCACUAUGAUUCUUUAUGCUCUUAUUUUUUUUUUUUUUACUUCCAAUGAGUGGUUUCCAUGUCAAAUGCACUUCCAUCAGUAUCCGUAAUGUUAAUUGCCAUGCAUCAUACGCUUCCAGAAUGCACUGAUUCUUAAUUGGGUAUAUUGUCGAUAUAAACUUGACUGAAGAGAAAUGCAGUUACUAGCUCGCGUUCCGCUUUACAAAUCAGCUAAUGAUUAAUUCAUCUGACAGGCAGGCAGACAACGUAAACAGCCUGGAGCCGAGGUCCUGAGGUAACCUUUUACUUAUCAGGGUGACUUCGCGUUCUCUAUGAAGUCCACCUCGGACCAAACCACAUUUGUGUAAAAAAAAUAUGAUACAAAGAUUAUACAUUCUGAGCAUUUGUGGGUUGAAUGCUUUUGGGUUUGGGAAACCAGCUCAAUUGCGUCAAAUAUCGUCAUCCAUUUUAGCAAAGUUGUUUGGAAACCCACCGCAUAACUGGUCAAACGACACUAAUACCUUGAAAUACAUGAUUAUUGCAUCUGAAUGUACAAGAUUAAAUGUUGUUUCUAAGAAAGAGUCCUUGUGU